AUGGGAACUGGGAACGUGAGCUUGCCGCCCAACCUGACCCAGCAGCACGUCCAAGAGGUCUACCAGAAAUUUCGUCAGAUGCAAGAACAAGGCGUGCGCCAUGACGACCCCGAGUACCUUAAGGCCCAUAAUCUUCUCUCCGCGGUGCAACGCCAGCAGGUUUACCAAAAACAACGACAGUUUGCGCAACAGCAGCUGCAGGCGCAGCAACGUCAACAGCAGUUGCAGCAGCUGAAUGGCUCGGCCUCUGAUGCUGGUCCCAAUGGUGUCAAUGGCCGAAGUGCCUCAGUCGCCUCCACGAGUGCGACGCAAGAGUCAAAUGCGACGGCCACCGGUGGACAAUCUGCGCCUUCGGGGCAGCAAGCCGCGGCGUCUGCCCAGAAGGGUACGCCAGCUCCUACAGGGAACUUCUCACCUGAGCAGCUGGCCACGCUCCGAGCUCAGAUCGUCGCAUUCAAAAUGUUGUCCAAAAAUGUGGCCAUCCCGCCGAAAAUCCAGCAGCAGCUAUUCGGCGCUAAGAAACCCCAAACGGCCACUCCUGCGGACAAUACCGCGACCGCAGAGGCUGUUAUUGACAGUGCGACCCAGAACCGUGCUGAACAGGCCGCCGAUUCAACAGGGACGGAAGCACCACCCAAAAACUUUUACGAGAGCUUCCAGUCUCCAUACGAUUCAUUUCCGAAGACGAUCAGUUACACUGAUCAUGCCAUUCGAGCUAACCGCCCGCGUAUCCCGAGCUUGUUCCCUGUUGGCAUCGAUCUGGAACAAGUUCGUGAAGAUAGGGAACAGCUCUUGUACAACAAGAUCAUGGCUCGGAAGGCCGAGUUGGCCAAGCUCCCUGCCAAUCUCGGUGUAUGGGAUACGAGCAAGAGCGAGAGCCCCAACGGUGAUGAUUCCCUGAAGCUCAAGGCUCUCAUUGAGUAUAAGAUGCUCAAUCUACUGCCGAAGCAAAGGCUCUUCCGCCGGCAGAUUCAACAUGAGAUGUUCCACUAUGAUAAUCUGGGUAUGACAGCUAACCGCUCCAACCACCGCCGCAUUAAGAAACAGUCGUUACGCGAAGCCCGAAUCACGGAGAAGCUUGAGAAACAGCAACGCGAUGUUCGAGAAACGCGAGAAAAGAAGAAGCAGUACGAUCAGCUACAGGCUAUCCUCAAUCAUAGUGUGGAGCUCCAGAAUGCUGCAAACCAGCAACGCGCCCGAAUGCAGAAACUAGGACGGAUGAUGAUGCAGCAUCACCAGCACAUGGAGCGUGAGGAACAGAAGCGUGUUGAGCGAACCGCGAAGCAGCGUCUUCAGGCCCUCAAGGCGAACGACGAAGAGACGUAUCUCAAGCUCCUGGGACAGGCCAAGGAUUCUCGUAUCUCUCAUCUGCUCAAGCAGACCGACAACUUCCUCAAACAGCUCGCUGCGUCGGUCAAAGAGCAGCAGCGUAGCCAGGCAGAGAAAUAUGGAGAGGAGAACCACUUCGAUUCCGACAAUGAAGAAUCCGACAGUAAUGACGAAGAAGGUGGCGGGCGCAAGAUUGAUUACUAUUCCGUCGCUCACCGUAUUAAGGAGGAGAUCACACAGCAGCCCUCGAUCCUGGUGGGUGGUACGUUGAAGGAGUACCAGCUGAAAGGUCUCCAGUGGAUGAUCUCGCUCUACAACAACAACUUGAACGGUAUCUUGGCAGAUGAGAUGGGUCUGGGCAAAACGAUCCAGACCAUCAGUUUACUCACUUACCUCAUCGAGGUCAAGAAAAACAACGGUCCUUUCCUCGUCAUUGUGCCCCUUAGCACGCUGACCAACUGGAACCUCGAGUUUGAAAAGUGGGCUCCAUCCGUCACCAGGAUCGUCUACAAAGGUCCACCGAACGCCCGAAAGCAACAGGCGCAGCUUAUUCGCCAGGGCAACUUCCAGGUCCUUCUGACGACCUAUGAGUAUAUCAUCAAAGACCGUCCAGUGUUGUGCAAGGUGAAAUGGCAGCAUAUGAUUGUCGACGAGGGUCAUCGUAUGAAAAACUCGCAGUCGAAGCUGAGCAGCACGUUGACCCAAUACUAUACCAGCCGAUAUCGGCUGAUCUUGACCGGAACUCCACUGCAAAACAACCUUCCCGAGUUGUGGGCGCUUCUGAACUUCGUCUUGCCGAAUAUCUUCAAAUCGGUCAAAUCGUUUGACGAAUGGUUCAAUACUCCGUUUGCCAACACUGGUGGGCAAGACCGGAUGGAACUGACGGAAGAAGAGCAGUUGCUCGUUAUCCGUCGUCUCCACAAGGUUCUUCGGCCCUUCUUGCUUAGACGUCUUAAGAAGGAUGUCGAGAAGGAUCUGCCCGAAAAGCAAGAACGGGUCAUCAAAUGUCGCUUUUCUGCCUUGCAAGCCAAGCUCUACAAGCAACUCGUCACCCACAACAAGAUGGUUGUCAGCGAUGGGAAAGGUGGAAAGACUGGUAUGCGGGGUCUCAGCAACAUGCUUAUGCAGCUCAGGAAACUUUGCAACCACCCCUUCGUUUUCGAACCUGUUGAGGAUCAGAUGAACCCUGGACGAGCCACAAAUGAUCUGAUUUGGCGCACUGCUGGAAAAUUCGAGCUCCUCGACCGCAUCCUCCCCAAGUUCCGCGCCACGGGCCAUCGUGUUUUGAUGUUCUUCCAGAUGACGCAGAUCAUGAACAUCAUGGAGGAUUUCUUGCGCUUUCGAGGACUCAAGUACUUACGCCUGGAUGGUUCGACCAAGUCGGAUGACCGGUCCGAUUUGCUGAAAGUUUUCAAUGAUCCCAAGUCUGAGUACUUCUGUUUCCUGCUCUCCACUCGUGCCGGUGGUCUCGGUCUCAACCUCCAGAGCGCAGAUACAGUCAUCAUUUACGACUCCGACUGGAACCCUCACCAGGAUUUGCAGGCUCAGGAUCGUGCUCACCGUAUCGGCCAGAAGAAUGAAGUUCGAAUUCUGCGUCUGAUCAGCUCUAACUCGGUAGAAGAGAAGAUUCUCGAGCGUGCUCAGUUCAAGCUGGAUAUGGAUGGCAAGGUUAUUCAGGCUGGAAAGUUCGACAACAAGUCGACGAACGAAGAGCGGGAUGCCUUGCUUCGAACUCUUUUGGAAACAGCCGAGGCUGCUGACCAGAUUGGCGACCAAGAUGAGAUGGACGAUGAUGACCUCAAUGAGAUCAUGGCUCGAUCUGAGGAAGAGUUGGCAGUCUUCCAGCAGAUCGAUCGAGAGCGAAACGCGACUGAUCCAUACGGCCCUGGUCGCCCUCUUCCCCGGCUCAUGGGAGAGGACGAACUUCCCGAUAUCUAUCUUACAGAAGAUAAUCCCGUCGAAAACGAGAUUGAGGAGUACGCCGGUCGUGGUGCUCGCGAGCGUAAGGUCACUAGAUAUGACGACGGCCUUACGGAGGAGCAGUGGCUCCAAGCGGUGGACGCCGAGGAUGACACCAUCGAAGAUGCGAUUGCCAGGAAGGAAGCGAAGAUUGAACGGCGUCGUCUCAACAAAGAAAAACGCAUGCGGAGGGCACAAGGCCUUGAGUCGUCACCAGAGCCAUCUCGUGAAAGUUCAGAGACCCCUCAGCCGAAGAAGCGCCGCAAGGGACCUGCACCCAAGCGCAAGGCGGAUGAACUGGCCGAUGAAACCCCUCCUACUAAGCGGAAGAAGGGCAAGCCUGCUAAGCCCGUGGAUACUCUAAGCAGUGCCGAGCGGGCUACCCUGCAGAAGAUUUUGAACAAUGUAUACCAGAAGCUCAUCGACCUGGAGCAGGAGAUUCCGCCAGACUCGGACGAUAGUGAUGAUGAACCCGUUACUCGGUCGAUCAUCGAACCGUUCAUGAAGCCACCGCCCAAGUCCCAGUAUCCAGACUAUUAUAUGGUUAUCCAGAACCCGAUUGCGAUGGACAUGAUCAAGAAGAAGAUCAAUCGGGAAGAGUAUCAGAGUCUCAAAGAAUUCCGGGAUGACAUCCAUCUCCUCUGUCAAAAUGCCAGAACCUACAACGAGGACGGAAGCGUUCUUUUCUCGGAUGCAAAUCUUAUUGAGUCCACGUGUGUUGCCGAACUGAAGAAUCAGACUCAGGAGCACCCUGAGUUUGCUGACUUCGACGACGUGGGUUCCUCUACAGCUGAUGGCGUAUCGACUACUGCAGUUUCCGGCACUACAACUCCUGCAGUGUCUGGACAACCGAAGCUGAAACUCACAUUCCACAACAGUAAUAAAGACGGCGACAGCGCAGCAAAUGGAGACGCUAUGAGUGAUGAGGAGUGA